ACUUUGAAAGGACAAAAGGAAGUACUGUAUCUAGCUUGACGCACUCUCUGAUAUCCUCCGUUCUCAUUGGCUGACGGAGUGACGCUGUACGUGCGUAGGCGCUUCCUCAACUUGACUCGCAGGAACAGCAAAAUAGAAGAUGUUGGUCCUGGUGUUAGGUGACCUGCACAUCCCCCACCGGUGCAACACCCUGCCAGCCAAGUUCAAGAAGCUGUUGGUCCCGGGGAAGAUCCAGCACAUUCUCUGCACAGGAAACCUCUGCACCAAGGAGAGCUAUGACUACCUAAAAACCCUCGCCGGAGACGUCCACAUAGUCCGAGGAGACUUCGAUGAGAACCUGAACUACCCAGAGCAGAAGGUGGUGACGGUGGGCCAGUUUAAGAUUGGCCUGAUCCACGGCCACCAGGUGAUCCCCUGGGGCGACAUGGCAAGCCUGGCGCUGCUGCAGAGACAGCUGGACGUCGACAUCCUCAUCUCUGGGCACACGCACAAGUUUGAGGCGUUUGAGAACGAGAACAAGUUCUACAUCAACCCCGGUUCUGCCACAGGAGCCUACAGCGCACUGGAAAGCAACAUCAUCCCCUCUUUUGUAUUAAUGGACAUCCAGGCGUCCACGGUGGUGACGUACGUCUACCAGCUGAUCGGCGAUGACGUGAAGGUGGAGAGAAUCGAGUACAAGAAAUCUUAAAGGGACAACGAGGAGGAGGAGGAAAGUAGGGUUAACGUGGCUCAGUUUAUCAUUUCAUUCCUUUUCCACCAGGGGGCAGCAGCUCUCCGCCCUCACCCCCUGCAGUCACCACAAUGUUAAUCCUGUAACAAACUGCUGAGAAACUUAACUCUAAAACACUUGUGUAUAAUAUUGUUUAUACGUCAUCUGCAUUGAUUCCAAGCUGUCAUUUGGUAAUUGUAGAGAAUGCAAUAAUGUCACAUGUAUUUGUUAUCAAAAAGAAAUAUUUGGUGCCAUUUUCUGUCUUUUUUUUUUUUUUUUUUAAAUUUUCACCCUUGUCAUGUCCUGUAAAUGAGAUCAACAGGCCUUUAGCUUCAUGUAGUCGACCUUUCAGUUGUUUCUUUCCCACAAUAAAGAUCUAAGUUCACUCCA